UUGAUAUUGUCGCUGCCAGGUGGCGGUAGUUUCGUUUCACUUCCGCCUUUUCUUUCUGUGCACGUCGUAGACUUCUUUCCGUUGUAAACCGCAAACAUGGCGGUGGGUAAAAAUAAGGGACUUUCAAAAGGAGGCAAAAAAGGCGUCAAAAAGAAGAUUGUCGACCCAUUCACCCGUAAAGAUUGGUACGAUGUUAAGGCUCCAUCGAUGUUUACUAGCCGCCAGGUCGGUAAAACUUUGGUUAACAGGACUCAAGGAACAAAGAUCGCCUCCGAAGGUCUGAAAUUCAGAGUGUUUGAAGUUUCACUUGCCGAUCUUCAAAGCGACAACGAUGCCGAGAGGUCUUUCAGAAAAUUCAGACUCAUCGCCGAAGAUGUUCAAGGACGUAAUGUCUUGACCAACUUCCACGGCAUGGAUCUUACCACUGACAAACUUCGGUCAAUGGUGAAAAAAUGGCAAACUCUUAUUGAGGCACACGUUGAUGUUAAAACCACAGAUGGAUACCUUUUGAGAGUAUUUUGCAUCGGUUUUACGAACAAAGACCAACAGAGCACGAGGAAAACGUGUUACGCUCAACAUUCUCAGGUGCGUAACAUUCGCAAGAAGAUGGUAGAGAUCAUCAACGAGGACAUUUCGAAGAGUGACCUCAAGGGCGUCGUCAGUAAACUCUUACCCGAUGCUAUUGCCAAGGACAUCGAGAAGGCUUGUCAGGGAAUUUACCCACUACAUGAUGUGUACAUUCGUAAGGUUAAGGUAUUAAAGAAGCCCCGUUUCGAAUUGAGCAAAUUGUUGGAAUUGCACGGUGAUGGAGGUGGAAGUAAAGGAGGCGAGGGUGGUGAGACCGGCUCGAAAGUUGAUAGACCGGAAGGAUACGAACCACCAGUUCAAGAAUCCGUCUGAAGUGGUGUUAUUUCUAAUUUUUAAAAAUAAAAACCACGAAACGGUGAA